AUGCAGGCCCCAACUCCCCGCGUCGCCGACGACCAUCCUGCGAGGAUCAGUAACAGCUGCGGGCCGUACGUCGGUUGCAAGAAGCCUAACCCCCUCGCGACCGAUUUGACCGGCGACCGGUCGUCGCGCUGCGUGUCCGUGCCGCUCUGUUAUGACCUCCGUGUCUCUUACAGCCUUCGCGGUCCAUCACACCGGGCGGGCAAUCCCAUGUCCGGCAAAGGCGGCGACGGCGGCGUCAUGCCGCCCGUCGUCCAUGACGUUGACCCCGAUUCCAACCCCUCGGAUCCCUCCAAGACGCACCGCACCAUCAUUGAGCAUGCCCGCUCGGCCGCCUCCAAGGAGCAGUCCAUGACGCUCCUGCAAGGCCUCAAGCUCUAUCCCAAGGCCGUCGCUUGGAGUCUGCUCAUCUCGACCUGCAUCGCCAUGGAGGGCUACGACAUCAGCCUCGUCAACAACUUUUACGCCUUUCCCCAGUUCAACCGCAAGUACGGUGUCCAGCUCCCGGACGGCACCUACGAAGUUCCCGCGCGGUGGCAGGCAGGGCUGAGCAACGGCGCCACCGUCGGCGAGAUCAUCGGCCUCUUCAUCAACGGCUUCGUCUCGGAGCGCUUCGGCUACCGCUACACCGUCAUGACCUGUCUCGUGCUCGUCGCCGCCUUCACCACCAUCUUAUUCACCGCCCCCAACGUCGAGGCCCUGCUCGUCGCCGAGAUCCUUUGCGGCAUCCCCUGGGGUAUCUUUCAGACUCUCACCAUCACCUACGCCUCGGAGGUCUGCCCCAUCGCCCUGCGCAGCUACCUGACCACCUACGUCAACUUCUGCUGGGGCUUCGGCCAGCUGAUCGGCAUCGGCGUCAUCCGCUCCAUGCUCAGCCGGCACGACGAAUGGGCCUAUCGCAUCCCCUACGCCCUUCAGUGGAUGUGGCCCUUUCCCCUCCUCGUCGGCAUCUGGUUCGCCCCCGAGUCCCCCUGGUGGCUUGUCCGCCAAGGCAAGGUCCAGGAGGCCAAGCGCUCGCUCCUCCGCCUCACCAGCCUGAACCGCGAGACCGGCUUCGACGCCGACGAGACGGUCGCCAUGAUGGUCCACACCACCGCCCUCGAGGAGAAGCUGACGGCCGGCGCCAGUUACUGGGACUGUUUCAAGGGCGUCGACCUUCGUCGAACCGAGAUCGUCUGCAUGACGUGGGCCAUCCAGAACCUGAGCGGCAACGCCUUCUCCAACUACUCCACCUACUUCCUCAAGCAGGCCGGCCUGUCCGAGGAAAAGUCGUAUUCAUUCGCCAUGGGCCAGUACGCCAUCAACAUGGUCGGCGUCUUUGGUGCCUGGGGUCUCAUGUCGCUGGGCGUCGGUCGCAGGUCCAUGUACCUCUACGGCCUCUGUGGUCUCUGUGCCAUGCUUUUCGUCCUCGGCUUCCUGGGGCUCGUCCCGGAGGAGCACAGGACCCAGGGGUCGCUCGCCACCGGCAGCAUCAUGAUUGUCUGGGCCCUCUUCUACCAGCUGACCGUGGGCACCGUCUGCUACUCCUUGGUGAGCGAGUUGUCCUCGCGCAGGCUGCAGAUUAAGACGGUCGUGCUGGGCCGGAACCUCUACAACGUCGUCGGCAUCCUUACCAAUGUUCUGACGCCGUACAUGCUCAACCCCAGCGCGUGGAACUGGCGGAAUUAUGCCGGCUUCUUUUGGGGCGGAAUCUGCUUCAUGUGCAUCAUUUACACCUACUUCCGCCUACCAGAACCGAGAGGGCGAACCUUUGCCGAGUUGGAUGUGCUUUUCCAGAAGGGCGUGAGCGCAAGAAAGUUUGCCGUCACCGACGUCAAUGUUUUCCACGAGUCGGUGGAAGAUGAGAUCAUGAAUCGGUACGAGAGCAUAACUUCUCAGACGGUCAACGGCGGAAAGAUUGCCUGA